CAGCGGAUCCCUGACCUGUCACCAAAUAUCGGCUCUGUCAACUUCAUCGUCGUCGAGAGCCAAGCGUGCUGCAAUGGAUACAUCGUCUGCAAUCCUUGCUACCACCUCUGCUCGGCGCAUCCUUCGUGUCUGGAUAAAACUCUCCCCGAGAAUCGACCGAACGAAGUCACGCAGCGGAUUUUCGACCUGAUGACGUUCAAAACUUGCACCAAAUCCGGCUUUAAAGUCUCAGAUUUUUUCACUAUUCCAUCGAAAGAGAACGUCGACAACUGCGGCGGAGUUUUGUACGCGCAGUGC